GGACAGUCAUAACUAUAGUAACUGUAAAAGUUAUCUAUGUUUCUUUUGUAGAUUGACAUAAAAAAAUCUGGUGAAUAUUGCUAAGCAUCUAAAUUUGUUGGAGUGGGUUAUCUCACCAUUGUUCGUCUAAUGAUAGGGAUGGUUGCCACUUGCCACUACUGCACAUCAACAACAAUGAAUGAUUCUUAUUUUCCGGAUGCAGAAACUUGUGUCUUCUAGUCAUGUUUCCUACUUCAGGAUAUUUUCGUGCUGUAGUAUGUCCAUUUUACGUCAGUGGUCUAUGUGAAAGACCUUACUGUCACUUCAGACACACAAAACAAGACUGCGAAAAAUCGAAAGAUGACCUGCCAAGCUAUUCAACUGCCAGUGUUCGAUCAACCUCGCCCAUUGGUGGAAGCCUGUCUAGUCCAUCAUCAUUUUCAGGAUUGCCUGGCAGCGGCACAGAGGAAGCCUAUAUCACAGCUGGACAUGAUCCAAAAGAGACCUUUACCAGCAGUGCUCCAAAGUCAGCCAACGAACUUCUGUUGGCUAACACCACAGCUUCUUUUGCCAUCCCAUCAUUCACAGAUAGCACCAACAAGUACCAGCUUCCAACUGCUAUAGAUACUGAAUCUUACAAGACUGUGGAUUCUCAGGAAGACUGGUCUGAUGGAAAGAAGUCUGCCAAACAAUUGGAAGCAGAUUUAUUACCAGUAUAUUAUCCUACCCCUAAAACUCCAUCACUUCCAACUUCCCUUACUGCCUCUGUGACCUCUAGUGUACCUGAAUACCAGCCAACCCCUAAAAGAGAACUCAAGAAGAGAAAGGUUAGUUUUCAAUGUACCACAGACUUAGAGUAUGACCCAGAGAACAACUACUCCUGUGGAGGCUUGGGUGGUCCCAGUAAAUCUGAGGAGUACUUGCCUGAGAUUAAGAAGCCAAGGAGCAUAGAUGACAAAGUUCAGACUUCAGGUCCCCGGUAUUCUCGUUUAUCUUGUGAAUCUCUAAAUGGGGAAAAUUAUGAAAUGAGACUAAGCACAGGAAGCAAUAGUGAUAUUAUUAUGCGUACUUGUGGCGAUGAUGACGACGAUGAUGAUGGUCCUGUUGAUGCUAAAUUUAGUGAUGAGGAAACUGAGUCAGAACCUGAGCUGAAAAGGGAACCUGUGAAAGAUGGUGAUGAUAAUGACAGUUUAGGCAGUUUGGCAGAUAUCUGUGAUGAUGAUAUCUCUUCAGAUGAAAAUUUUGUAGAGGUUUCAGAUGUGCCAGUUGGCAGAAACAUUCUGUCAGCAUCACACAGUAAAGGGACUGGAAAAAAGUCAGUGUCACUGAAAAGUGAUGUCAGAAAAGACCGAAAUAGACCUCAAUCAGCAACUCCAGACAGUACAAAGUCAAAGACAAAAAGUUCCAGUAGAGCCAGUACCAGGCUAAAGUCCACAGAUAGUGUGCCAUUAAAGGAAAAAUUAAAAUCCUCCUGUGAUGACAUCAACUCCAAGAGUAGCACCCACUCCACUUCUAACAUAGUCAGUUCCAAAUCAGGUCAAAAAGUUGAGUCCCAAACUGUACGAAAAUCAAGUUCAAGUAAAUCUGAAAAAUCACACUUGCUUAACCACAUAACUUCUCCAUCCAUGUCUUCAAAACAUCACAAAUAUACCUCAUCUUCCAGGAAGACUGCUGGAAAUGCUAGCACACAAAGGAAGAACUCAUCCAAAGAGUCUAGGUUAACAGAGAAACAGCACAGCAACAAGUUGACCAAGGAUAAAGGACACAUCAGUAGUAAGGAGAGUCACAGUACUGGUGGCAAACAUAGUAACAGCUUGUUAAAGUCCUUUACACAUAUUUCAUCCAAAGAUGCACAGGAUUAUAAAAACGAGCAGAUUGCAUCUUCCAAAAAUGUCAGAAAGCAAAGCUCAAGUGAUAGCACCAGAAAGAGCAAAACAGAAUCAUCAAAGUCAAGUUGUGCCAGUGGUGUCAAGACAGGGCAUACUCAAGAAGUAAAACUGAGGCAAGACUCACGUGAAAAUAGGCCACUCAAAUUAGGACAUGAUGUGAAAGGUCAGUCCAGUUCUUUAUCUAAAUCAAGCAGCACCCAAGUUCUUUCCAAGAACAGACCAGAUUCAAGUUCAUCCGCUUCUGCUGACAUAGCAAAAGCAAAGAAGUUGGGAUCAGGGUCAGGAGUGCAAGAUUCUGCUGUGGAUCUGGCCUCCAUUAAGUCUAAUCUUUUUGGUGAUGACAGUGAUGACUUGGAGGAGAACUCCGCAGAAAAUGCCAAAGAUGUCAAAGUUACUUUUCCUAAUAAUGUUGAUACAGAGAGCAACAUAGAUUACAGUGCAUUUAUUCAUGACAGUGACCUGGAGGAGGAUGAUACCUUCGACGAAUGCCUUCGUAUCUUUCGGGAAAGUUCUGCUCAAAUUCCUCAUGCCCAGCCCAAAGAGAAAAAGCUGGUGAAAGACAUGAAAACCACAAACCUUGAACCCAUACCUUCAGUCCACAUUGGCAAGAAGCGAAUAGCCCAUGAAUCGGCCACGAAGGUGAAAAAACCUUCACUGCUGCAAAAGCAUCAAGCACGACAUCAUCCUAGCCCAGCUGAAGUUAUGCACAAUCGUAUUAUGGAGAUGCAGAGGCGAGCUUUGGAGAGGGCAGCACGCCUAGCUGUGCAGGAGCAGGAAGUGUCUUCUACAUCAGGCCUAGCAAAGCCAGCAGAGAGCGCCCCAGAUGUCUUGAACAGAGAGAAGAAGAGAAUUGCACACACACCAAAACCUGCUGCUCCUGUUACUGCAUCUUGUAUGUCGUCAAAAUCUCCUUCAAAGAAGGCUGAAGAUCCAGUGCCUGUUUCUACAGCUUCUAAAACAGAAAAGCGUGUGGCACAUACUCCUAAUGUGACCAAUCUAAAGCGGCCAAUGAUUCCAGCAAGUUUUGGCAGUAAAGUUCCCAGCAAUAUUCGACAGCGCUACUUGAACCUUAUCAUUGAUGAGUGCCUCAAAUUCUGUUCUGAAGAGGAAGCUUAUAGCAAGGGUCUAGAAGAGGAGACAGGAGUUUAUGAGCGUUCAAACAACAAGAACAUUUAUCUGCGGGUUGCUGUGAACACAAUCAGUCGACUGCGUGCAGAGGCAAAGGAAGUACUCCCAAAAACCUCCUCUGUCCAGCAGCGUCGGGCCUCCCUGACACAGUCACAUGCUGCAACACUAGGGGGCUCACGUGCUGCCAAAACCAGUUUCUCAAUCAAAAAGCCCUCCAGCUUCACCAAAGCAACAGACUCCAGUAUAUCUGUGCAAGAUUUCCACAGCAAACUUCAAAAGUAUGUUUUGACAGAAGAGCAGUUGCAUGAAAAUGGCUUUCCACGUCUGUCAACUGAGAAACGAGGAGAGGCUGUAUUUUUUGGAACAAGGUACCAUCAGGAAGAUGUCCUAUUAAAAGGUAAUGAGAGGAAUUGCUGUCGUUGUGGUAAACGCUUCAUUAUUAAUUCGGACGGGACCAUAGCCACGCAAGAGGAGUGUGUUUACCACUGGACCAGGGCUUACAUGAGAAAACGUAAUGGCUUCCUGCAGCUAAUAUACAAUUGUUGUGAAUCUGAUACCGGCUCCAAAGGAUGUCAGGUGGCUUCUAGCCAUGUUCAUGACAGGAAUAAAUACCAGAAUAUGACAGGCUUUGUUACAACUCUACCAUCAACUUCAGUUGAUAAAAAUUGUGGAGUUUAUGCUCUUGAUUGUGAGAUGGUGUACACGCUAGAUGGCCUGGAGCUAGCUAGAGUCACCGUUAUCAACAUGGAUGGCAAAGCAGUCUUUGAAUCACUGGUUCAGCCAUCAACACCCAUCAUUGACUAUAACACAAGGUUCAGUGGUCUGACAGCUGGCGACUUGGAGAAAGUGACGACAACACUGCGGGACAUACAAGCUAUCUUGCUGAGUAUGUUCAGCGACAAAACUAUACUCAUUGGACACAGUCUGGAAAGCGACUUCACAGCACUAAAGCUAAUUCAUUCUUCAGUGGUUGAUACAUCUGUAGUCUUUCCCCACAAGAAAGGUCCACCAUAUAAGCGAGCUUUGAAAAACCUCAUGGUGGAGAUUUUUAGAAAGCUCAUACAAACUGAUGAUGGUGGCCAUGACAGCAAAGAAGAUGCCCAAGCCUGCAUGGACCUCAUGAAAUGGCGUAUCAGAGAGGACACAAAGAAAGAGCAACGAUACAUAACUUGAUUUUUGCUUUGAUCUCCCUCCAUUGUUGUGAAUUGUUUUGUACUUCUCUACCGUUCUGUGAUCUGGAGGCUUGAGUGAUAAUCUUCCUUUUCUGCAGUAUGAAUAGUGGUUGCACAGAGGAUUCAAGGUUUCACGUCUCCAAAACUGGACAUUAUGAUUUGGUGACACAAUGAUUGGUUACAUUGCCAGUGAGUGAACAGUGACAUUUUUAGUAGGACCGGUUGAGUGAGCUGGUUUUCACAGUCACAGAUAUGGCAGUUAGGUCCUUGACAGACUAAACAUAAAAAUACAAUCAAAAUGACAAAGGUAAAUGUAGCCUGAUGAUAAGUCUACAAACUGGGCAUUAUAGUCUGGUGAUGCAAAUAGUCAUUUCUGAUGUUACGAAGUGAGCAGUGACAUUUUGGUAGGAAGAUUACUAUUGUGUAACGUGUACUAGAAAAGCUUCUGGUACGUUAGUCGUAGUGUCUUUUAUUUAAAAGCAAAUUAUACUUUCACGAAUUAUUUAUCUAGAGUCUUUAGCCUGCACCUUUGAGAAAGGAUUUGUUUCUUCCAACAAUAGUUCACAUUAAGGAAGUGAUAUAACCACAACUUUUGGUUGUUUUGUUUUUUUUUACUAAUAGUAGGCACAUUAUUUUUUUUUAUAGAAACUAGCAAGCUUUAUUUUCAUGCUUUGCCUACCUCUCUUUGCUUUUUUGCAGAAGCAGUUACCUCAUUUCCAUCUUCAAAUAGAUGGCUCAUGUUGUGGUGUGCACUUUUUCUUGUUUUACAGAAAAUUUCUUCUGUUCAAGCAAAUAUCAUGAAUUGAUUGAAUUAUUUAAAGCAAACAGCAGGAUAUUGAUUCUAUUUUUAUUUAAUUGUUGUCAUAAUCUCUGCUCCUUCUAUUAUGGAGGACUACAAAAAAUCAUGAAUGGCCAUUUAUGUUGCUACAACCUGUUACUCCAAUUUCUUUCUUCUCAGCAGAAGAGCCUAAUUGAGAAAAGUAUGCUUAUCACUUUGAUUAUGUAAGCUGUGCAUUGACAUUUUUUUACUCCAUUGUGCAGCAUCUUUUUAUAGAAGUCUUUGUAAUUUGGAACAUGUUUUUUUUGUUUUGUUUUGUUUGGUCCUAGUCACCAGUGGAGCUCAAUUAUGCUUCCAGCACUGCUAAAGCAUUUACAAACUAUUAUUCAUAUUCUGUAUAGAUAAUAAAAGAUGUGUGCAAUCUG